GAUCGCCAGAGCUAAGAUCUCCCUUCCUCUCAUGCGUCUCCACCUGUGAGUCGACCCCAAUCAUUCUCGAGUCAUUCGCAACGUCGCGCGCGGGACGAUUUUGUCUGCUCGGACGUUCCUACUGUCCGGCAAAACAGCGUCAAGCUGUGCCUAAGAAGCUACUCUUCUGCCUUGAGAUCUGUGCGGCCAGCCACCGACUUUGCAGCUGGGCGCAAGCUUCACACCUCUGCGCGCCAACACAUUCUCACCUUCACUCGAUCUUUCGUCUUCUGCGCAUUCUGUUGGCCGCUCUCACUAGAGACGAAACACACCUUGCAACUCUGCCAGCAUGACAAGUCACAACUCAUCCUCCUCCUGCUCCUCGGCCUAUCCAACUACGCUUGUACUCCACACGCACGACGCAAGUCGACCGCUCAAGCCCUCCUCCUACGGCGCUCUGUCUCACGCUCUCCACGAGACACUGCAUUUUGCUCUGGACGGCAACAUAGAAGACUGGGCUUUGGACACAAGACCCAGGAGGGCUCCUUGCGGACCCGCAGAAGAGUUCCACAUUUCUCAGGCCACACCGAGCGUCUCUACUUCGAGCACCGCUCCCGCUGGACCUUCCUCUUCUUCUUCUUCCUUGGUCGUACCUACCUCCAACAGCAAUGGGGCUCAAGAAUCAGAUGUGAAGCCUCGACCGGGAUUUGUCAGACCUCCUACUUCGCUGGAAGAAGAUAGGGAGUACAUCUCUUACGCUACAAGCAGCAUCAAGUCGCAUCAUUCCUCGUCUCCUUCUACGCGUUUGUGGCUCCCUCAUCCAUCAAGCAUAGCAGCGGAUCGAUCUCCGGACCCGUGCGCAGCAGGCGGAUCAAGAGAUGCCUUGGACGUUACUGCCAAGUUCUUCUGCUUAGGUAAAGAUCCUCAAAAUGCACCGGAGUACGGGACGAGCGGAGUGGGACAGUGGUUCCAGGAGGCUUUGGAUGCCCUCAGCUCUAGCACCGGCAUACUGACCGUCGAUCAGGUCAUUCUCGAGUUUCCGAGGUUGAAGCUGGGUGGACAAGAGGCGAGCGGGGACGAGGAAGUGGUCAAGAAGACUUGGCAGCACUUGUCAGGGCAUCCGCAGUUGAGCGCACUUGGGCUCUCCUCCGUGUCUUUGCCCGCCCUUCGCGCUGUUUUCCCUGACAUCGAUGCUCUUUCUUCGCGUGGAGGGCAAGGAACUCAGAAUGGCGAUGCGAGGCACGACGACUCGACGGCAGAGCUGAAGAGAUUUCAGACGAUUCCAAGCGCAUGUAGGCACCCUAAAGUCAUCACCAUUGACCUUAGCGCUAUGCGUUCUCCUUGCGCGUGGGACAAAGAGUUGGGGAAAUGGUGCGCGGACAGAGGCAUUGAGCUGAGCAGCGCGAAUGAUGGGAACAACAUUCUCCCGGACGAGACUUUACCGACACUUUUGACCGAGUUCGAAGACUCGUUCCCAGUCCCGUGGCCAAAGGGAGCCACCUUGGUACCGCGCUGGUGUCUCAAGUAUACGAUCCUCAUACGCGACAGAGGCGUCAUUGCGGACCAAAGCUGGAUAUUGCUGUGUGAUGUGCUCGCACCAUCUGGUGAGACGAAGGAAAGGUAGAGCGGUGAAGCGAUGGGGCAAUCAUAUUUCUGUCGAUCACCCUACUUCUAUAAACGAGACUAUUUGCGAGCGGCGGCAGUCUGUCAAGUGACGUAUCAGUCUCUCAAGCGAGCCGGAAGGCUCCCAUUGCCUCAAGCUUCCUUCACUCCAAGAGGUGCGACUAGGCUCACCUACGAGGCUUACCGAGGGUGAUAGCAAUCAAGAAGCAUGCAAAGGCCGCUCACUUUGAGAUUGGCACAAAAAAAGACGUCCUCUUCCUUCCUCGGCUCACACUGU